AUGGGCUGCGUUUGCGGCAAGACCUCCGCCACUGGAGACAAACCUAAUCCCGAUCAAGCUCCGGGCCGUGAAUCUAAGCCGGACGAUUUGCCUUCUUCCUCCGCCGCAGCAUCUGUGUCGGAAGAAGAGACGAAGAAGGAGUUAGGUUCGGUUCAGAUUCAAGCGGCGAGAACGUGGCACACUGGCGACUUCUCCGCUGGCUCCUCUCGCCGGCCGUUGGGGAUGAGUCUCCGUACGCCGGAAGGUUGGCCUCCGUGGCUGAUUGCUGCUUGCGGCGAAUCGAUUAAAGACUUGACUCCUCGCCGAGCCACCACUUACGAGAAGCUCGAAAAGAUUGGGCAAGGAACUUACAGCAAUGUGUACAAGGCGAAAGAUCUAUUGACUGGGAAAAUAGUUGCUUUGAAGAAAGUCAGGUUUGAUAAUUUGGAGGCAGAGAGUGUUAAAUUCAUGGCCAGAGAGAUUCUUGUGCUCAGACGACUAAACCAUCCUAAUGUUAUAAAGCUUGAAGGCUUAGUUACUUCGAGGGUUUCGUGUAGUCUCUACCUUGUUUUUGAGUACAUGGAGCAUGAUCUCUCUGGUCUUGCUGCAACUCAAGGUCUCAAGUUUGAUAUUCCUCAGGUCAAAUGCUUUAUGAAGCAGCUACUAUCUGGGCUGGAGCAUUGUCAUAGUCGAGGAGUCUUACAUCGGGAUAUUAAAGGUUCUAAUUUGUUGAUAGAUAAUGAUGGAAUACUGAAGAUAGCUGAUUUUGGGUUGGCUACGUUUUAUGACCCAAACCAAAAGCAAACAAUGACUAGUCGUGUUGUCACACUCUGGUACCGUCCUCCUGAGCUUCUUCUUGGGGCUACCAAUUAUGGAACUGGUGUUGAUCUUUGGAGUGCCGGUUGUAUUAUGGCAGAGUUACUUGCUGGCAAGCCGGUUAUGCCAGGAAGAACCGAGGUCGAACAACUUCACAAGGUAUUUAAAUUAUGUGGCUCCCCUUCAGAUUCGUACUGGAAGAAGUACAAAUUGCCAAAUGCGACUCUUUUUAAGCCACAACAUCCAUACAAACGAUGUGUGGCUGAAGCCUUCAACGGUUUCCCUCCAUCCACUCUUCAUCUAGUCGAGACACUUCUCGCUAUAGACCCUGAUGAUCGAGGAACUUCUACCUCGGCCUUAAGUAGUGAAUUCUUUACUACUGAACCGUUAGCAUGUGAACCAUCAAGUUUACCUAAGUAUCCACCUUCCAAAGAAUUGAAUGUAAAACUGAGGGACGAAGAGGCAAGAAGGCAAAAGGGUCUUGCCGGAAAAGCUAGUGGUGUUGAUGGAGUUAGAAGAAUAAGGUACCGUGGGGAUCGCACUGGGCGAGCUAUUCCAGCCCCAGAAGCUAAUGCCGAGAUUCAAACAAACUUAGACAGAUGGAGAGUAACAACACAAACAAAUGGAAAGAGCAAGAGCGAGAAGUUCCCACCACCUCACCAGGACGGUGCAGUUGGGCACCCAUUGGAAGGUCAGUCAAAGAAAAGCUCAGUAUUUGGUGCAAAGCCUGAGACUACUUUGGGGUUAUCGAGAUCUUUAAAGUCUGGGGAAGGGCCAUCCAUGAGAAAGAUUUCAGACAAAGACGGGUCUCGCGGGUCUUCUUCUUCUAGAAAGUACAGAUGGGGACUUAAGCCUCCUCCAGCUCUUGGGCUAUCGAUGGACUUACUUUUCAGGAGCAGAUCAGAAGUUUUUGGGAUCCGGAGAUAG